GAAAAAGUCGCGUCGUAUCACAGUCACCAGUCGAAACCGAGUCCUCGCGAGCACGCGUCUCUUCGCGACGACUUCGUUGAGCGUCGUGAGUCUUCGGCUUGCGGUCUCGGCGAGUCACACGGCCGCCCGUAUUUUUCCCGAGUCCCCCGCCCGGCGUCUUGUUCCGCGCCCAACAAGUGGUGUAGACGCUCGCCUGCGGCUCACACGGCAUCUCGCGUCCGUACUUCGCACAACUUUCCCGGUUUCUCGCCGCGAGUUUGGAAUCGAAUCGCGCGCUUCAAACUUUUGCCGGCGUGCGUAAGGACUAAAGUGGCGUGACACAGGACUUCAGUGGCGUGUUGAGAGUCAGUGCGGUGUUUGUCAAGGGUAGUCUGGAGUCGAUGCACCUACCGCACGCUAGCCCUCCGGCCCCAAGUAUGGCGGAUGUGUAUUCUCAUAUCCAUGACUACUACCGGCAAAGUCACGGGGAGCUUGUGCAGACGGGUUCUCCAGCUGUGCUUUGCUCGGCGCUUCCAGGACACUGGCGGUCUAACAAGUCGCUGCCGGUGGCCUUCAAAGUGGUCGCCUUAGACGAUGUUCAAGACGGAACCCUGGUCACAAUUAAAGCUGGUAACGAUGAGAACGUCAUGGCGGAACUAAGAAACUGCACGGCGGUGAUGAAGAACCAGGUGGCAAAGUUCAAUGACCUGCGAUUCGUCGGUCGCAGCGGGCGAGGAAAAUCUUUCUCCUUGACCAUCACCAUUAGCUCGUUCCCAAGCCAAGUAGCCACAUACACCAAAGCAAUUAAAGUGACUGUGGAUGGACCAAGAGAACCAAGGACUAAGCAAAAUUAUGGUUACGGCCACCCUGGGGCUUUCAGCCCGUUCCUUUUGAACCCGGGAUGGUUGGAUGCUGCAUAUCUUAACUACGCGUGGGCAGAUUAUUUUAGACCACCGCAAAUGAGAGAUUCUGCAAGCUCUCUAGUCAAAGGAGCUGCACCUUUAACGACGCCUCCGGUGGUGCUGCCAGGAGCUGAUCUUUUCCCGUUCCCGCCGGCAAUAACUAACCUUCCACCGGGGGGCCUAAUACCGCCGCCUGGUUCCUUCUUGCCCUCCAACGGAUUGCUACCUUUCCCACCGCCGCACCCAGCUGAACUAGCGUUAAAAGGGAUACCACCUGAGCUUUCACUCAAAAACGGAAUCAGUCCGUAUGAUGCAUUGAGACAUUUACAAAGUAAUAUGUCUUCAAUGGAUACGUCGAGCGCACGUUUGUCACCGACGAGUAGCAGACUAAGUAGUCCAAGGAGUAUUACUAAUGCUAGUCCGGAUCGUUCUAAAGCCGAUUCGAAAUCUGAAGUUAACUCGGUGCACGAAGCAACAAUUUCUGAUGAAUCUGAUGAAGAACCCAUUGAAGUCGUGAAGUCAGCAUUCCACCCUACUCGACCGGCUAAUGUGGAAUUGCAAGAGAUGAAGCGUGUACAGGCUGCUGACUCAACAGUCUCAGACAGACCGCGUGUGAGAAAUGAACUAAAAGCCCCGUCAUCAAGAACUACACGUGUUUUGUCCACUAGUCCAACCUCUACCAAAAUCUCCAACGGUGAUAGAUCAUCGCACAAAACAGUUUGGCGACCCUACUGACAUUUUAGUGUAUAGUGUUUAAAAUUUACUAUCGAGUGCCGUCGUUAAGAGGUAUUGUUGAAAAGUGAUAAACCAGUUGAUCUAGCGUCAAAAGCGACACCAUUUGGGCUUUCACUCAUAAUCGGAGUACACAUGAUGCAUAAAGACAACAAAAUACUCGUCUUUUUGGAUACGUCGAACGCUCGUGUGUCACCGUCGAGUGGCAGACUAAGCAGUCCAAGGAGUAAUGCAGAAAGUAGUCCAAUGCAAAUCUCGAGCGGUGCGUGACGAUAUCUUAAGAAUCUGAUGAAGAACUCAUACAAGUAUUGAAAUCAACAUUCUAUACUAUGCGACAGGCUAAUAUCCAAAUAUAAUAAAUGAAGCGAAUACUACUGCUGACUUAAUAGUUUCAGACAGACAGUGUGUAAGGAAUAAAUUACUAUUAAAAGCAUCGUCAUUAUGGUCAACUCGUGUUUUGGCCACUAGUCCAACCUUUACCAAAAUCGCCAGUGGUAAAAGAUCUACGCACAACAGUAUUGGCGGCUGUACUGACAUUUUAGUGAUAGUGUUUAAAAUUAGGAAUCAAGUGCCGUCGUUGAGCGGUGUUGUUGAAAUGUGAUAAACCCAUGAGCUUGUAAAUAGUAUAGGUGAUUAUUGUAAAGAUACAUUGAUUUAUAACAGAUAUUUAUUGUUAGAGAUAUUUAGACCAUAGUCAAUUUAGAGUACCUAUCGAUUGCAGUACAUUAUUAUUGUAAAUGUUAAUAGAAUUUGUUAUUUUUAUUGCAAAUGUGUUCAAGCUUGUCGAUAUUAGACACAAAAGGUUUGUUUAAAAUUUGUUUCACGGAUCCAGUGAAACGGUAUAUUUGUAAAAUAAAACCAUAUUCUUCGAUGACGACUGACUAUUAUUAGAAAUAAUUUAAUUAGCUUUAGAAGAAAAAAUAAGUAAUUAAGAUGUAAAUAUGUAAAUUAUAUUUAUUGAAAAAAUGUGAUGUACUGUAUGUACAAUAAUAAAUUAAGUGUUGCAAUGCAAUGUAAAAUGUUACUCUAUAAAUAUGUAAGUAGAAAUACAGACAUAAGUAAAAAGAUGA